GUAUGUAUGUAUAUGAUGAUAAAUCUUUUAGCCUUUUAUCUUAUUUUCUUAUCUUUACUUUCUUGUUUUGUUUGCAAUAAUAAUAAUAAUAAUCUUACUAGUACACAUGAAGAAGUAGAUGAAGCUCAAAAAAUCCUUGUCAACUUCAAAUCCUCCUUAAAAAACACCAACCUGUUACCCAACUGGUCACCUAAAAACCACCCAUGUAACUACACUGGUGUUUUUUGUAACAAUAAUACCAAAAAAGUUGUAUCUAUAGAUCUGAGCAAUAAUGACUUGAGCUGUGACUUCAGUUUAAUUGCUUCAAAUUUGCUCACCAUUCCUACUUUAGAAACUUUUGUUUCUAAAAAUAGUAACCUCACUGGCACUGUGAUAACCACCCCCAGAUCUCAGUGCAGUGAGGUACUUAGAGAAGUGGAUCUGAGCGGAAACCGGAUAACCGGUCCGGUUUCCGCUCUUUCCGGACUUUCUGGUUGUCCAUUGUUGAAAACUUUCAACUUUUCAAGAAAUUUGUUGGAUUUUAGUGAUGGUGGUGUAACCCCAUUUGGGGUUUCACCUCAAGUGAUUGAUCUGUCAUAUAACCGGAUAUCCGGUUCGGGUUUAUUUCCAUGGAUGUUAAGUGAAGGAUGUGGUGAACUUGUGGAGUUUAAUGUUUCGGGUAAUAAUAUAUCCGGGUCAGUACCCGACAUCUUAAAAUCCUGUUUGUUGUUGCAAGUUUUGGAUAUUUCUAAGAAUAAUUUCUCUGGGGUUUUACCUGUGGGUAACUUUGUUGGGUUAUCCAAUUUGAAAGUAUUGAAUUUGGGUUUCAAUAACUUUGUUGGGGAGUUGCCAGAAAUGUUGCAUGAGUUUACGAAUCUCGAGCGGUUCGACGUGAGUUCGAACGAGAUAACCGGCGGAAUUCCAGGUGGAAUUUGUGAAAAUGUUGAUAGUAAGUUGAAAGUUUUGUAUCUUCAGAAUAAUAAACUUACUGGUGCAAUUCCUGAAUCUGUUAGUAACUGUUCGAAUUUGGUUUCGCUUGACCUUAGUUUUAAUUUGUUAACUGGUAAAAUCCCUAAAAGUUUUCGAUAUUUGUCGAAACUUCAAGAUUUGAUAAUUUGGAUGAACUUGUUAAGUGGCGAAAUACCUGAAGAGCUAAUGUAUGUUACUGAACUUGAGAAUUUGAUUCUUGAUUUCAAUUAUUUAACUGGUUCAAUUCCUGCUAGUUUAAGUAAUUGUAGUAACUUGAAUUGGAUUUCGUUAUCGAAUAAUAAGUUAGGGGGUGAGAUUCCGGCUGCCCUUGGCCAGUUGUCGAAUCUUGCUAUUCUUAAACUUGGGAAUAACUCGUUUUCGGGUAAGAUUCCAGCUGAGCUUGGGGAUUGUAAGAGUUUGGUUUGGUUGGAUCUGAAUACGAAUCAGUUAAGUGGGACGAUUCCGCCUGAUCUUUUUAAGCAAUCUGGUUAUAUUGCUGCUGCUUUUCUCACCGGGAAACCGUAUGUAUAUAUCAAGAAUGAUGGGAGCGAUCAGUGUCAUGGUGCAGGAAAUUUGUUGGAAUUUGGGGGGAUUCGAUUAGUGGAUUUGGAUCGGAUUUCAUCACGACACCCGUGUAAUUUCACCAGAGUAUAUUCGGGCAUGACUCAGCCGAAUUUCAAUCAUAACGGGUCGAUGAUCUUUUUUGAUCUUUCGUACAAUAGGUUGGAGGGUGGAAUUCCGAAGGAGCUAGGGAAAAUGUACUAUCUCAACAUUUUGAAUUUAGGUCACAAUGAUCUUACAGGACCGAUUCCUGAUGAGCUUGGUCGUUUGAAAAACGUUGCGAUUCUUGAUUUGUCACAUAACAGGCUCAAUGGCUCGAUCCCAAAUGCUUUAAAUGGUCUGGGUCUUGGGGAUGCUGAUUUGUCUUACAAUAAUUUGUCCGGAAUGAUCCCUGUAGCAGCCCCGUUUGAUACGUUUCCACCUAACCGGUUCUCAAACAAUUCCGGGCUAUGUGGGUAUCCUCUCCCUCCUUGUGGAGCAGACAAUGCUAAAUCAAAUGGCCACCGGAAGUCUAACAAACGAGAAGCAUCACUCGCCGGAAGUGUAGCCAUGGGUUUGUUGUUCUCGUUGUUUUGCAUCUUUGGGGUGAUCUUACUUUUGGUCGAGAUGAGAAAACGGAGGAGAAAGAAGGCUGCAGCUUCCUUGGAAGCGUAUACGGACGGUGGUGGCAAUUCCUAUUCGGGUGGCCGGGGAGAUGGUAAUGCUAGCACCGCUUGGAGACUAACAAGCACUCGUGAGGCUUUAAGCAUAAGUCUUGCCGCGUUCAAUGAACCGCUAAGAAAACUCACCUUUGCAGAUCUUCUUGAAGCCACAAACGGGUUUGACAACAACAGUCUCAUUGGCUCAGGCGGGUUUGGAGAUGUUUACAGGGCUCAGUUGAAAGAUAAGUCUGUUGUCGCGAUAAAGAAACUUAUACAAGUUAGCGGACAGGGUGAUCGAGAAUUCACAGCUGAAAUGGAAACCAUUGGCAAAAUAAAACACAGAAACCUUGUUUCGUUGUUGGGAUACUGUAAGGUUGGAGACGAAAGGCUACUGGUUUACGAGUAUAUGAAGUUUGGAAGUUUAGAAGAUGUAUUACAUGACAGGAAAAAAAUUGGCAUCAAAUUGAACUGGGCAACAAGAAGAAAGAUUGCAAUCGGGUCAGCCCGUGGGCUGGCUUUUCUUCAUCACAACUGCAUUCCACAUAUCAUCCACCGCGACAUGAAAUCUAGUAACGUUUUACUAGACGACAAUCUUGAAGCUCGCGUGUCUGAUUUUGGUAUGGCAAGACAUAUGAGCGUAAUGGAAACUCAUUUAAGCGUCAGCACAUUAGCCGGGACACCAGGAUACGUCCCACCCGAGUACUACCAAAGUUUUAGAUGCUCAACCAAAGGUGAUGUCUACAGCUACGGUGUGGUCCUUCUUGAGCUCUUGACGGGAAAGCAGCCUACUGACUCACCAGACUUCGGAGACAACAAUCUAGUCGGUUGGGUCAAACAGCACGCUAGAUUGCGCGUAAGCGACGUCUUCGAUCGGGAGUUGUUGAGAGAAGAUCCAACGUUAGAGAUCGAGCUUUUACAACACUUAAAAGUGGCGUGUGCGUGCCUCGAUGACCGGCCUUGGAAGCGGCCGACGAUGAUCCAGGUUAUGGCGAUGUUUAAGGAGAUUCAAGCAGGGUCCGGGCUUGACUCGACAUCAAGCAUAACCACAGAUGAGACUCAAUUUAGUUCAGUUGAAGGAAUUGAAAUGACCAUAAAAGAAGACAGUGAACAAAGUAAACACUGAGUUAGGAAGGGGAGUUGUUCUUCAACUGCAAGCCAAUUUCUGUAUUUUGUAUGUAUGUAUAUGUAUUAUUAUUAUUAUUAGGAUUUGGGAGGUAAAAUCUUCUUGUUGUUAUACAUAAAAACAAUGUUAAUGGGUCAAUUUUCAUCAUCAUGUACAUAUUUUUUUUACAUAAUAGCUUUGAGAGACUAUGUAUUUCCGGUUGGUGGUA